CGCAACAAACAAACGCGCGAGGUUUUAUUUCUGUAUCCUGUCUAUCCGGAAACACCGCCCCAAAAACGGUCACACGUCGUACACAGGAAGGUUUUUCUCGCUCGGAAAAUGGCCGAUCCGGAUUACGAAUCGGACGAGUACUACGACGAGCAGGGCAACCGGUGGUACGAACCCCAGUACUUCCCGAUACUCGAGUCGGACCCAUCGGAGGAGGACGAAGAUGACUCGUUCGACCAAACCGGAUGUAGUUACGAUGGAAAUAAAUCGUGUUCCGACAUCCGGAUGGAGGUCAUCGAUUUUGAUACGGUAUCAACGGGUACGUUCGUCCCACGCCCGGGCUACCAACCGGAAGAGAUGACACCCACCCGGCGGGAUCCUCGCUGUCGGUCCCAAACGGAACUGGCCCGGUUUUGGCCGGUUUACGUCGGAAACUUCCGGUGCCAGCAGAGUUGGCAGGGCGAGUUUGAUACCGUUCAGAGGUUCUUUGCUUGGAAGGGAUUGCAUGUACGGUGGUGGUAUCGGAAGGUCGAUGAUCCAUAUUACAAUGACUUUCAGUCCAAGGCCGGCCUGUACGACAUGCUGGUGUAUUUUGUUUCCGAGGAGGAUGCCAAUUUUGCGAUCCGAAACUGUCAUCGGACGAUGUUCAUGGGAUACCCGCUGAAUGUGUUCCCCGGUCGGACACCGGUCUACUUCGAUCCGAGUCGGAGUCUGCAGGCAAAGAAAAUGAAAAGCGGCCGGGUCUACAGUGAACUGUUCUUCGAGAAGCAUGUCAAGUUCAUCCAGGGUGUCGAUGUGACAUGUACCGUCAAGUUCGAUACCAAAUACGGCGCCAUGGAGUUUGCCAGCCCUGAAGACAUGGCCAAGGUCCGCAAGGGCGAAAAGCUAUGGAAGUUCGAACCGGUCCCUCGGAGGCUUCGGAAACAGCGCUUCCUCGAGCAGGACCUUCUGGCGCAGAUCGAAGCCCAUCUGCUACUGCAUCCGGAAACGCUCCGGCUGGAUCCCAACGACAGCUACGCCAAAAUGUUGCUGCAAAACAAACGACCGCAACUCGAUCCGAAUCCGAAAAUCCCGCCCGUUCCGCUUCGGAACGGACCGACCAAGAGGGUACAGCAAACCAAGCUGAAACGCAAAAUGAAGAAGGAGGAGAGGCGCAUCACACAGGCAGUGGCCGAAGGACAUAGGCCAAAAUGCUACGGUAAAACCGUAGAGGCCAAGAAGCGGUUCAAAAGGAUGUUAGAAUCCGCUGUUAAGAACCACGAGAGCGACUGCUAGAAGUGAAGAGGAGAUUUCUAACAUUUCCGAAUGAAGUUUCUUUUAUGUUAUUUGACUGUUGUUGGUAAGUUGAAUUUUAUCUCUUUGACCUUAUUAUUGUUAUUGUUGAAUUUGGUUUAAUAAAAAAAAAAUAACUAUAGGUAUUGAGUAGGUAUGUCGAUGUUCAGGUAUGUUCAGUGCAGCUAAGACAAGGUAAGUGUUUCCAGUGUUCCACUAACUAGUGCCUAAGAAAGCCAAAUUGGCCUACUACCACUUUCGCUACUAAACAAUGCUUUGCGGUGAUAAAACCUACUAUAAAGUAA